AUGUCUGCUAACGAUUUUUACAAUUCAGGUCAAAGUGGUGCCUAUGAUCCAAACCAAAAUCAAAACAGGGGCCAAAACAAUCAAUACCAAAACCAGGCUCCAAUUAACCAAAGUCAACCUCAGCAACAGCAACAGCAACAGCAACAGCAAGGCCAGAAUGGUGAAAGAGGCUUAUUCAGUACCGUCAUUGGUGGUGCUGGUGGGUAUUAUGCUGGUUCAAAAGUAUCCAAUAAUCAUUCCAAAUUAUCUGGUACUCUGGGGGCCCUUGGUGGUGCAAUAUUAGCUAAUAAGAUAUCUAACGGUGUAUCUCAUCAUAAUGAUCAUAAUAACAAUAACAACAACAACUAUGGUCCACCACCUAAUCAACAUGGGAAUCAUCAUGGCGGUGGUCUAUUUGGUAACCGUGACAAUAACCGUCCCCCACCAAACCAAGGUGGUUGGGGUGGCCCACAAGGAGGUAACCAAGGAGGUCCAGGUGGAUGGAAUAAUGGUCCACAAGGGGGUAACCAAGGAGGCCCACAAGGUGGUCCAGGUGGUUGGAAUAAUGGUCCACAAGGUGGCCCAGGAGGUCAAGGAGGUCGCUGGUAA